CGCUCCCGUCUGGAGAGAUCCGCAUCCAUAUAAUGCACCGAGCAGUAUAGCAACUCCCACAGUAGGCAACUAACUUUACUACAGUUCGGAACAAUGAGGAAAUUCUUGAUUUUUGUGGCCUUGUGCGCAGUUUGCAGUGCAGCUCCAACGAGCGCUCCGCUUAAAGAUGAACCAUUGAGUUCAGGCGGCCUCAAGAGUCCCCCAGAGAUACCUGACAGCAUUGUGGCGCACGGAUUACUGCAGCACGAUGGUAAAAUCCAUCGCUCAAGUGGUCUCGACCGGCCCAGUCCGAUUAAUCCAGAUGUCGUAAGCGAUCCAAAGCCCACUUCAAUCGUAAUUGCCCAUGAUGAGCCGCAAAAGGGCGCUCGUCAUACACGUGACAUACCCGUGCCGACACAGGUGAAGACCACAAGCGCUCCCAAGGAGGAGAAGGAGAAGGAGAAACCCCAGGUGGAGGAAACUAGUACCAGCAGACCAGACAGUCCACUGCGUCACCGUCCAGUGCCCGUUGCAGAGCUGUUCAACAAACCCAAGGCCCAACCCGCCGCCAGCUCCGCUGAGCAUAAGGAAAGCAAGGAGAGCGAUGAAAGCAAGGAGGGCAAGGUCUAAGUCACGAUCCCCAUUCCAACUGUUGAUUUUUAUGUAAGCCCGCUAAUUAGCUCGUCAUGUUACGAAUAAAAGAAAACAACUCGCGAGUAGUAAACAAAUAAAUAAAUAGAAACGAUAAUAUUUACACGCUCACAAAA